GUAAAGUCUACGGAAGCGUAUAAGCCUUCAGAAACCUAUGGAGGUUUUCCGAGUUGAUUGAGGAUGUGAAUCGAAAAACAAAUGGCAAUUACAUGAUCUGUGAAUAAUGGAGUCAAGAUUAGUGCAGCUGUCUGUGGGAGUGGGGUUUCUCUCCUUACUCUACUACUGGGACUAUCUGUCAUUAUUCAUUUACAUCAUAGUCCACCUGCUGGUCAUUGCUGUUACAUUUAUUUUGGUCAUCCAGUGGAAUCUGCUUCGAGGAAAGUCGUACAGACCAUCGGCACCAACAAAUCAUGCAAAUGUGGCAAACAUUCUUCUUAAAAAAAUGAUGGAGAAGCAGUGUGGUCCUGUGGAACAAUCUAGAAAAGUGAUCAUUUCUCGAAACCUUGACAACACUAUUCAAGAAGUGCUGGAUCUUGUUAUUCAGGACUUCAUCAUCAGCUGGUAUCGGAACCUUGGAAAAGAUCAACAUGCUCUUGUUACUUCUGUGCAAUCUGAGAUAUGGCAGACAAUUGAAGAACUCAGUAAAAGGCUUUCAAAGAUAGAUUUUGUGAAGGUCAUAGCUCAAGAUGUGGUUGACCAUCUCCAUAAUCACUUCCGAGACAUCCGCCUUGCUAACAAAAAAAAUGUGGAAAAUACGGAAACCGUCUCUAAGUUUGUGCUACAUUCGUGGCUGCGGGAUGAAGCUGCUGAGAUUGACUUCCUGCGGACACUGUGUGAAACUCUUCUGCUGACUCUUCUACCGGCGCCGUACCGCAGGUGUGCCAGCAUCAGACACAUGUUGAGAGACAUCAUUACUUCAGCAGUCAUUAAGCCCACCAUCAACAUGCUGUGCGAUCCAGAUUAUCUGAAUCAAAAGCUCUUGAACUAUUUGAGAUACCGUGAAAAGCUGCUGGAAGACACAAAGCGCACAUACACAUAUGCAGCCACAUAUGAAGACUUUGUAAAGAAAAUCGGAGUUUGUUCAGAUAUAGAACAUCUGAAACAAAUGAGGUACAGCAUCCUGUCUGAGAUUAUGCAUGCCACCACCAUCAACAAUCUGAAGAAGGCACAAGGCAUCAAGGGAGAUAAGGAAAGUUCUCCUAAGGGACAUUCAAAGGGAGAUCUGCUGAAAGCGAGAAACCUGAACAGAUACAUUAAUCAGCUGACUGUGGCAAAGUCUCGGUGUGAGAAGCGAAUCCAGGCUCUUGGCGGUCCCGACUACAAGUACUACACUCCACACGAUGGGGACGAGGCUCAGUCUUCUUCACGUCUGCCAGGACAGAUGGUUUGUAGUCUUUCUUCACGUCUGCCAGGACAGAUGGUGCUGGCCUUUAGUGUCAUAAUGAAUGAUGUGCCAAAAGCUAGAUAUUGUUUCAUGAAGUUUUUGAAGAAAGAUGGUGAUGAUUCAUUACUGAGUUUUUGGAAUGCAGUUGAAAAGUUGAAAAAUGCAAGCAAGGAGAAACGCCACCAGAUAGCCAGUGAAAUCUACCAGCAGUUUAUAGGGAGCAGCUCAACAACGAUUAAAUUUGACAGAUCUCUCAUCAGAGGCAUGGAAGUCUUUCUCAAGGGAGACAAGGGUCCAGAUUCAUUCUAUGAAGCACAGAAGCAGAUUUACAGCAUCCUUGAAGAGAAAUAUUACCCAUCGUUCCUUGUGAGUGAUGUUUACCACCAGUACAUAUCACAGGAGGAAGGAGAUAUUUCAGAUGCAGUGCCUGGUUCUUCUAAAGAUGAGUUGUUCUUAGAAUCAAAGGAUGAUUUCUUUGACGUGGAUGACGAGAUGGGUUCUGGGAUCUUUGUGGAGGAGUCGUACCACGCCCAGCAGCAGUUGAGGCAGCUUGACGAGAAGAUCGCCAACAAGCAGCAGGCCCUACACGCCCUGAAGAGUUCGCACAAGGAAGAAGACAAGCAAGUAAAGAAGGUUGUUGAAGACAUGGAACAGGAAUGUAUGAAGUUGCGUGACGAGCGACGCAAGCUGGAAGGUCACAUUACACGCACACAGCUGUGGAUUGACAAUCAGGGCUCAUGGCGAACUCAUGUGAACAGUGCAGAGGUUCAGACUGAUGGUGAUAGUAAAGUGUCGCCGUCGUUUAUCAUCGUCGUGUUUAUUUCUGGGGAAGGAGCCACCCACAACGUGAGUGACAGCACACAGGGCUGGGUCGUAUCAAGAACUCUGGAUGACUUCUGCGCACUUCAUGAAAAACUCAUUCAGAUUGGACCAUGGUUAAAGAAGAAGGAACUACCUAGUGUUGGAAUCAAUUUUUUCAAGUCCAUUGACUCAGCUUUUUUAGAAAAAGCAAAAGCAAUUCUAGAUGAAUACUUGUGUGCUGUUAUGAAAGAUGAACGGAUGACCCAAAGUGAGGCUCUGUAUGCCUUUUUAACACCCACUCCUGAACACUUGCACCAGCCCUCCCCUCAAAAGAAGAGCAAGUUUUUACUAGUAAAUCUUAUUAAAAGCUUACCUACCAUGCGCCAAACGGAUGUACAUGACAGUGAGGAUGAGUUCCUGUUUCUCGGUGAUGAAAGCACAAAAGAAGACAUCAGCCGAGACUCAAUAGCCAAACCGCUGUAUAGAUUAAUGAAUGAAGUAUUUGAACUUCGGGGAAUGUUUAAAUGGCUGCGAAAAAGUUUCAUCUCGUUUGUGGAGGUAACCUUUGGAAGAUCAAUAAACAAGCAACUGCGUGAUGUCGUUGACUGGCUGUUUUCCGAAUCCAUGCUCAUUUACUAUAUCCGAACAUUCAAGGAAUCCAUGUGGCCUGACGGGAAACUUGCUCGGCAUUUGCCAUCUCGCACAGACGAAGAAAAAUUGAACACCAGAUUACUGGCCAAGGCGAAAGUUCUGCAAAACGUUCCAGAUGCUCUCAAAAAUUUGGUUGGAGAAGACAAUGCACAGAGAGGAACAAUCAAGAUGUUUGAAGCUCUUCAAGAUGUCCGCCUCAACAAACACUUUAUUUAUAAUAUUUUGCAAGUGUUUGUGUUGGAGCUGGUUCCAGAAUUACAGAAAAAGACACUUAAUAGCAAGUCUUCUUCAUCAGAAGAGUACACAAAAUCGUGAAAGUUUCAUCGAUUGCAGAAUGUUUCCGGAUUAAAUGUUUUAACAUUUACCGAUACAGACAGACAUUUCAGUAAUAUGUGCAUGUAAUGCACAGUACAACAAAGAUGUGACAGUCAGUGCUUGAUAAAUGUUUGAGAAAGUCGUUGGCCAUCACAGAAACUUUGGUUGGUGCCCUGUGUAUUAUAGUAAAACUUGAUAAUUUACUAGCUAGGACAAAGGCAGGCAUCUCAUCCCCCCCAAAAAAAAACCCACAAGAAUAAUCCUACCAAGUGAUGAUUGUUUAAAGUUUAAUCCCUGGAUUUAAAUAACCAUUGUUACAAUGUGCAAUAAAUUACAAGUAUUAAAUUUUA